AUGAGAAAGCGUAGAAUUAACUGUUGCACGCGCAGAUCGCCGCCGUACCGCGUCACGAAGCCAUCUUUCGAUGCAUCGGCAGAGCCUGCGCAGGAGUUGUUGGAGCCCACGCCAUCCUUCAAGGAUAAGAAACCGCUGCUCAAGGGGCCUAGGGCGCAGAUUGGGUCUAGUGUUUCUGAUUCGAUCUCCCUGUCAUCACCCCAAGCAUGCGCCUCGCCCAAGGAGGAGGUGGUCGGUCCACCUGUGCCUGCGAAUGUGGCCGCGCUGACUGAGGAAUACCGUUCCUACCUCCUGGGUAAAAGUACUGGACAGAGGACCAGGAAACGCCGUGCUAUGCUCAUAUACGUUUGCGCUGCAGACUCGCAGGACUGUUGCGCAGAGAAAGGUGCGCUACACUGCGGCGUAGCGGCGCGACUACGAGUGCGCGCACGCAAACGCGGUUGGCGCGUGCACGUAGCGGACUUGCACUGGCGCUCACCUCUCGAACAACAGCGGGAUCAUCGAUUCCCUGUACUUUGCAUAGCUGAACUUGCACGUCAAUCAGAACUGGGUGCGGUCGUACCUGUAUUAUUCCUUAACUCGAACUUGGGCACUCCACUACUACCUCAUACAUUAGAAUGCGCUGACUUCAAGGCAGCUUUAGAAACGGCUGAUGACGAAAAUGAUAGGAGUUUGCUCAAUAAAUGGUACACCUUGGAUAGUAGCACGACACCGCCAUGUUAUCGCUUAGUCCGAGGCGCGCCAGCUCGUUGGAGACGAGAAAUGGCACGAGCCCUAAGCGUUUUAGUUAGGACUCUGCCCCAAGAGGCCUGCGACGCUUAUCUUACUACUGUUUUGGAACAGGAGGUACAACACACAGUGCUAAUGAGCUCUGAGACAGCCAGGCGUUGUGUGUGGGUGUGUCGAGCGGGAGCAGCGCCAGAUGCCCCCGACGGCCCUGAUGACCAUCACCGGGAGCUACAGAGGAGGCUGGCUAACCUGCAGAGGGAUUUGAAGCUGUACCUAAGCGAGCGCAAUGUCAUCCGGGCGAGCGUUCGCGGUCGUCCUCAUACUAAUUCCGACGAGGAAUACACAGCGGGUGUCCGCUCGGCGCUUGGCGAACGUCUGGACGCACUGCUGGAUGGGUUAAUGGCGGAUAGCGAUGGACCGGCUGGGUAUUGCGGGAUACCAGCUAGUUUGUUCGAAGAAAUAUCUGAGCAUCUGUCGUUCUGUCAAAAAGCAACGCAGUGUACGUCCAACAGAGAAAUCACGCUCAACGAAUUAAAAACGUACGUCCAAAGCGACAGUUCGAUCCCAUUAGUGGUGUUGGGUGGGGCUGGUUGUGGGAAGGCCACCCUACUUGCCCGUGCGGCUUCGCUUGCUCAUACUUGGCUGGACGAUCUUGCCCUUGUUGUGAGAUAUGUUGGACUAACAUCUCAGUCGAGCAGUUCCCAUCAAUUGUUGAAAUCCAUUGUGGAUCAGUUACACGUACUACACACGGGUACUGUCUAUCGAGGGAAAAAUGAGGCAACGUCACUGUCUUCCACAUUAGCGAGACUUCUAUCAGCAGUUGGGCGUUGUCGGCCAGUGCUCGUCUGCGUGGGAGGAGCUGACGCUUUGAGGGGAGCCCGAUGGCUGCCUUCAAGGCUACCUGACAAUGUCAAGAUGAUUGUGACAGUUACUGAGGAGAAAGACGAACCGUCAAGUUCAGCAAUAAUGGCGGUCCUUUCAUCUGAAGAUGGCCCGAAGGUGGUGAGGGCACCACCCGUGGGUGCCGAAGAGGCGAAAGCUGUGCUCAUAGCGUGUGCUGCCACCUAUAGUAAAACGGGAGCUGCUUCUCCUCCUGAAGCUGUUGUUAAAGCUGUUCAGAAGUGUACUCUUCCUUUAUAUUCUAAGAUUCUAGCCUGGCAAAUAUCUCUAUCAGCGGAGACCUUCACCGAACAAAGUGAGCCGGAAACUGCUCCAGAAUUAGUGAUUUGUGAGGAACUGGAAUCUCAAUUGGAACAAAUCCUGAUAACCACUGAAGCCGCACUCGGAGCUGAACGGGUCAAGGCGUGUCUGUCCCUUCUUACGGCGUCUAGAAGAGGUCUGGAUGAUACCGAAAUCUUGGAUAUGCUGGCUCAUGAUGAACUUUUUAGGAGCGAGGAGACUUAUUUACCUUGGGCCCCGGCAGCCCUUCUCUGGCCCCAACUGACAGCCCUGUUGGCCCCUUGGCUCCGUUGGGACGGACGUGGGGCCGCUCGUUGGAGAGACGCCGCUUUAGCUGCCGCUGCCACGGAUCGAUAUUUGACAGACUGCAACACUGCGAGACUCAUUCUUGUGGAAUACUUUGAGGGCGCUUGGCAUAAUGAUGACGAUCCAAAAAUGGCUGGUCGACUCAUCUCCCAGGAAAAUAAAUUCUCGGAAGAACAAUACAACACAAGAAAACUCGACGAACUCCCAUUCCAACACUAUCAUUUAUUACGGGAAGACCCCGAAACCUUCGCGAACAAGCCAUACUUCUCCAAACUGGACUGGGUUCACGCGAAACUAGCCGCCACCGACUGCGGCCAUUUCCUCGAAGACAUUGGCCUCGUGCACGUCGACCCGCUUCCAGAACACCUAGACAUUCUCAAAGAAGUGUUUGAGACGCACUCGUACGCUUUGGAUUACGAUCAUAGACAAUUCUACGGUCUCCUAAGAACGACCAUAGAGAGGAGACAACGCGAAGGCUUGGAGAUUCAAACCGAUAUCGUUCAGGAGUGGAUGAGGGAUGUUUUUGAUCCUCCAGUUCCGACGUUUUACCCGAUUAAUGAGGAUUUCUGGAAACUUAUGGAGAGCCGGGAGAAGCAAGCUUCUAUGGAGGGCUUUGAUACGAAGCCGUUCGAUUUGAUCGUUAGAUUUGAUACGAGGGGCAAGUUUAUCGCCACCGUUUCUACUGAGAGGGAGGAGAUUUGUGUGUGGGAUGUUUCGAGGUGCAAAUUAGUUCGGAAAAUAGUUGGCGUAACUCACCCGAUAAAUCUCGUGCCGAUAGACGAGUAUCGAUGCGUCGUGUUGUGCAGACGAGAGCUAAGGGUCUACGAUUUAGAUCAGGGUAAAUUCGUAGUAGCUUUAAAAGGAGUUAUGAAUCAAAAAAUGCCGUUCUAUGGUCUUCACGACUCCAAACAUUUGGUUGCGUUAUCGAGGAAUAGGAUGUACGUCAAUCUCAUGAACAUCGAGACGGGUGACUGUGUAACUACAUUCAAAGCUGGCGAAGACAGAUUUUUGAAUUCGCUGCUGGUGUCCGGCGAUGGCAGGAUACUUGUAUGUGGUGAUGAAACCCAAAAACCAUUUCCUCUAUUAGUAUGGUCGUUGACUUCUCGUAAACUUCUGUACGAUUUAAGAAUACCACACCAUGAUUUCGUCACUUCCAAAGCUGCUAUUACCUAUGAAGGUUCCUACGUGUGCGUGGUGUCUCGGGAGUUGGACGAACCGAGUCCCAACUUCAUAGUGGUAUAUGACCUUCAAUCUGGGACAUUGUUCAAGAAGUGGAAACCGGGUUGUGAUACUGUAGCAUUGGCUAUCAGUUCAGUAGACGGUUGUGUGGUAUCAGCGCUCGCCGACACGAGAAUACUUGUAUGGGAUUUGGUGACAGGCAACUGUCGACUGUCUCUUAGCGGACACGUAUGUGCCGCAACACAACUGCGAUUGGCAAAAUCAGGUGGUUUGCUUCUAUCAGCCGAUCUCUCUGCAACAGACUUGUCGGUACGACUAUGGGACUUGCAUUCAGGAAAGCUAAUAGCAGUAUACACUCCACCCGAACGCAUUACUUCAUGCGAGAUCCUCUUAGGUGGAUCAGUUCUCGCUUUAGCUUUAGAAAAUCAUAAAGAAAUCGUCUGCGUUAAAUUAUACGGUCCGACGGUAGAGUGUGUUAAAAAUGGCCGAGAAAUGGAAUAUGACGAAGAUAGCUACGGCCAUGUUGAGUACGACGGGAAGACAUUCGAAGUCAAAGACGCAUGA